AUGCCGAAAUAUGAUCGAGAGUUAUGGUCUCAAGAGGUGCGAUCUAUGUAGGCAGACGACGCCAUUGCUGCUCUUGUUAAAGAGUUUGGACUUAAGCAUUGAACUCAAAUUACCAAAGCUUUAAGCGACAGAUACGGGAUUAGAGGAAAGUAAUCCUUAUAUAGAUCUGGCAAGCAAUGCAGAGAGAGAUGGUUUAACCACUUGGAUCCUGAGAUAAAAAUUGGUUGGUGGACCGUUGAAGAGGAAAAGACACUUUUUGAAAGCCAAAAACUUCAUGGAAAUUGUUGGUCGAAAAUCGCCACUUUUCUUCCAGGGAGAACAGAAAACGCCAUAAAAAACUAUUUUUAUAGCACCAUUCGAAGAAAUUUAAGGCGUUAUAAUCGAAAAGUCCCUGAAAAUCAAAGAAUUAGUGGCUCUAUUUCCGAACUGAUCCAAAAGCCAGAUGUUGUGAGUCUCUUAAUGAUUCCUUCGGAUCGUAAAAAAGCUAAGCCAGAAGUCGAGCAAAAUUUGUAAAAUUUAUGCAGGCGAAAAUCUUCAAGAUUGCAAGCUAUUAAAGAAGUUAAGCCAGAGGGUAAAGAAGUAAAAUCUGCUGACGAUGAAGGCUCGUCAAUUCUGUAUUCUCUUUAUGAAACGCAGAAGGAAAACCCUUCCCCUCUUCCUCCUCCACAGACCAAACCAAAAUCUAAGCCCAGGCCAGAGAUAACCAUAUCCAAUUCCACGCCAAUCCCACAACAGGAGAUAUCAGAAGCUACUAGUAUUUUUGAGUCUCCUUUGAUGAAUAAUUUUUACAUGGCACAGCAAAACAAUAUCCCAAAACCGGUUGAGGAAAUUCCAUCAGUGUUUAAUUGGGAUCUCUUUUUGAAUCCUAUACCUGCAGAGAGCUUAGUAAGUUUCUAUGUAGAUUUCACAUCAAGAUUCUCUGCAAUCUUAUAAUCGAUCAGACUCAAUUCAAAGCUAUAUAAGAUGCGACUCACUCCAAAGCUAUUUAAGAAGUGAUUCAUGUCAGGGAUUUUCAGGUGCUAUGAGACAAGAUUCAGGCGCAAUUAGACAAGAUUCUUUGAACGAUCAGCCACCAUUUGAUAUGAAUGAAUUCCUAUUCCCUCAUUUUACUCCGAAAGACACAUUUCAGCAUUGUUCGGAAAAGUAG